GACGACGGUGGACAUGUAUUUGGCCACUGUAGCAGAGGACGUGAACAGGAAGCUCAACUUUGUGUGGUUAACCAGCCAUUGCAGAGCACUUGACUGCAUACAGGAAGUUAGUAUCACUGGGGUUAAGCCUGCAAACGGUUUCUUUGCCUGAGAGCUUUUCUUACUCGCACAUCGAGAUAUUUGCCUUAAAAUGGCACAGGGAAAGGAUCACUCCUUUGCCAGUCGCUUAAUCAACAAAUAUCUUAAGAGUGGACAAGAAAACAAGGGACAGGAGAGUGAGGUGCCUCUGAUCUCUGAGUUCACCGUCAUGUGGGAUAAAUUGAUGAAAGAGUUCUUAGCAAAAGCCAAAGAAGAUUUUUUAAGAAAAUGGGAGUGUCCCGCACAGUGUACAACAACCCUGGAUGAGUUUGAAAGGUUCAAGACUCUGGGCACUGGCUCAUUUGGACGUGUGAUGCUUGUGAGGCAUAAAGGAACAAACCAGUUCUACGCCAUGAAGAUCUUGGACAAGCAAAAAGUGGUGAAGUUGAAGCAGAUAGAGCACACACUAAAUGAGAAAAGAAUACUACAGGCUGUCUCCUUCCCUUUCCUUGUCAGAUUGGAAUACGCUUUCAAGGAUAACUCAAACCUCUACAUGGUGAUGGAAUAUGUGCCCGGUGGAGAAAUGUUCUCACACCUCAGACGCACAGGAAGGUUCAGUGAACAUCAUGCAAGAUUUUAUGCAGCUCAGAUCGUGCUCACUUUUGAGUACCUUCACUCCUUAGACCUCAUCUACAGAGACCUAAAGCCAGAAAACCUGCUCAUAGAUCAACAUGGAUACAUCCAGGUCACAGACUUUGGCUUUGCCAAACGGGUAAAAGGCAGAACUUGGACAUUGUGUGGAACUCCUGAGUACCUGGCUCCAGAGAUCAUCCUCAGCAAGGGCUACAACAAAGCUGUUGACUGGUGGGCACUGGGAGUUCUCAUCUAUGAGAUGGCUGCUGGCUACCCUCCAUUUUUUGCUGACCAGCCAAUACAGAUCUAUGAAAAGAUUGUGUCUGGCAAGGUACGAUUUCCCUCUCACUUUAGCUCCGACCUGAAGGACCUGCUGAGGAACCUGCUCCAGGUCGAUCUUACGAAGCGAUUUGGCAACCUGAAGAACGGCGUAAAUGACAUAAAAAACCAUAAGUGGUUCUCCACAACAGACUGGAUAGCCAUCUAUGAGCGAAAGGUUGAAGCUCCCUUCUUGCCGAAGUGCAGAGGACCUGGAGACACGAGCAACUUCGACGACUACGAAGAGGAGGACAUUCGCGUCUCACAAACAGAAAAGUGUGCAAAAGAGUUUGCUGACUUUUAGCCAGGACCCCCAUCAGGUUUCCACGGCUUUGGGAUAUUUGCACUCUGAUGAGAGUUAUAAGGUGGAACUGAGGCCAUCCUGUGCUCCUAACAAUCGCCUCGUUCCUUCAUUCCACACGGCUGAAAAGAGGUCGUUUUUUGCCAUGCCCCCUGGUGCUGCUGGCACCGAUCUACACACAGGCAAAUUAUGCAGACACCUUCACGAGCUGCAAUGAAGUACUAAGAUCACAUCCUCAUUGAUUUUGUUUUAACUUUUAGUUUCGAUUCUCUCUCCUUGUUUGAAUUUGAAUGUGAAAAGCAACAUGCAAAAUGAAUUAGUCCCUUUUUAAUGAGGAACAGGAAGUGGUAGUAUGACCUAUUGUUGCACAUGGUGUUGAAGAGGGGUUUUUUUUAGUAAUUUUUUAUUUUUCUCUGUUGUCUGUUACAAACCCCAGCGUGUUUUUAAGGAAGGGGCCUGGUUGAGUUUUGAUUCAUUUAAACAGCAUUUUUAUUAUUCUGGUGUUCUCAAGACCUGGAAGCGUGUGUUUCCAUCUAGACCUUAAAAGGUGAGACAUCCUUUUCUUUUGUUUUUCUUUUUUUUUAAAGCAUGACCAAAUUGUCAACAAAAAAGGAAAAAGUGAUGCAUUCUCUCGCUUUCAGUUCUUGAGGAAAGGAAUUACUAGUUACAAGCGGUAUCAGGAAGCAGAAACAUGUAAGCGCUGUGUCAGCUAAACAGUUGUAGCAUGAUUUAUCCAUAUCUGAUCACAAGACAUUUCCUUUUUACCUCAGUCUUUUGAUGGAAAGAAAUUCUAUAUUUUCUAGGUACGAGUAUAUUUCACAAGAAGUGAAUCUGAAGAUGUUUGCGUUUUGUCUCUGCACACAGUUCGUAUGUUUGUGGUACAUUUAAAAGUCUGUCCAGAAAUGCACUCGCAUGGCAUUUUACAAUCGCUGAAAGGUCAGUUUGUUACAUUAUCUGAAGGAUACAAAGCAGUGGUGCUCACUUGGGGUGAUCUUUGUCCCCUUUGGGUUGUGUUUUGAGUAUAAAUGCUGUGUCUGAGCAGAGCACUCAGCCAAGAUUGUGAUGUUUUCUUUUCUUUUUUACUUUUGCAUGUGUAUGGUUGUGCAGCAGCGUUACUGGAAGCUAAUAGUGUCCCCACUUUUUUUGUUUUGUAGCCUUGGAAUUGUGUCACAGCAUGAAGUGUGAAAGCAGGUGAUAUUUUGGUCUAUGUAACACAAAUGCCAUAAACAGUGCUGCAUAAUCACGUCGCAGCAAUAACAGAACUACCAUGAAGUAUUGAUUUAUCUUUGUCACAGCUAGACUGCUCCAUCUUUGGCCUGCAGUUAUAACUUGUAGUCUUUACACUGUUUCCUAACUGAAUUAAUCAAAAUUUACCUAUUCUGCUUUGCAAAGCUUAGUGGCAACUGACUGAAAUUGCUAAUGAAUAGAAACGUUACAUUUUUAAGGGGAAUAAGGUAAAAACAAAAAAAAACUUUUUUUUUUAUUAUGCCACUUCUUAGGAUUAUUUUUGUUUGUUUUAUUUCAAUGAGACAAAUAUAACUUCUAUGAGGGAUUCUUCUGACUCAUUGCAUAUUGUGCUGCUAAAAUUUAGUCCCUGACUCCACAUUCUUUUCUCCAGCAUGACAAAAUAGUGCAUCUAUAAAAAUCUAUAUUUCAGAUGCUGAGUACCUACAUAGGUGGUAUGCCUUUGAUGUGUUUUUUUUUUUCUUUUCUCAUAGCAGAUAUAUUUUUGAUUUUGGAAAGCCUGUAGUCCUUUAAAGAGGAGUUUCUCUCUCCCUGUCAUCCACAGUGAAGUCUAAAUUUCAAAUUCUAAGAUACUGGACUCCAGUGGGCUGAGGAGGAAUCAAAAUACACAAAAAUGUCCUCGACAGUCUUUCCAAACUGACACCUGAAUCUUUUCAUAUGAAAGAAUAAAAAGCUAUUCUGUUCAAUUGAAACAUUCUUAAACAACUAAAUUCAAAAACAGGAUUUAAGUAAUUAUUUGUUUUAAUCAUUCUGUCUGAGCACAUGUACAUUUUAUGUAAUUUAAUUUAUAAAGGCACAACUGCUACUUAUGCAUUUUAUUUAUAUAUAGAAGUCUAACAAAAUAACAUUUAAUUUUCCAUAGGUCUCAGUAUGUGUAUGCAGACCUAAAUUGUUAAGCAUUGCAAACACCAAAAUUGUUUAUUUAUGUUUUUAUUUCAUUUGCUACAUCUAUAUUCGAUGCAUAUUGACACCUCUAAUGCCUCCUGAAAUGUUUUUUUUUUUUCCUUUUGUAUUUAUUCGAAAUUAUAUUUUUUUGUCCAGUUUGAAGGGUGAACAGAUGGUAUGCCUAAAAACAAUUUCCAAUGUUUUUGAAUUUGAUGAAUCUCACCUGGGCCCACAAGCAUGUCUCUGUCCAACUGCCUGUGUGUAAAUCCUCUCAGAAACAAAUAUGUAGGCAAUCGCCAGCUCUUCUUCUGUAUCAUCUGUUCGACCCUCCCUCAUGUGUGUGAUGUUUGUUGACAUUUGAUGUGAAACGACGGCACCUUUCCCUGAGCCACUUCACACUCCUCCUGACUGAAGGAAAUCAGUUCUAUGAAUUCUUGUAGCUAGUCACACGUGCCAGUAUGGGAAUCAAUAAUCUGAAAUGUGUCUGUAAUUUAGUUUGUGGAUAUUUUUGCACAUCAUUUAGAAAGCUGACACAUUUUUUCCCCCUCAAUCAUAUUUACUUGUGUUUGCAAGCGAAGUACACUUUGCUGUAGCAGAUUUUAUGUAACAAAGAGGAUAUGUCAUUAUAAUAAAUUCUUUUUAUUGAAAU